AUGCAGCCCCACGCCAUCGACGUGACCAGCCCAGAGACGAUCUACCAACGCAUCAAUAAGAGCGCGAAGGAAUCGACUGAGCUGAGCAGCGCCAGCUCGCCAGGCACCAGCUCGCUCAAGCGCUUUGCGUGCCAGUUCGACCCCGGCUCGAAGAAUGGGCGCGUGCUGGUGCUGCUCUUUGACCGCGACGGGGACUCGGAGUUUAAGGAAAUGAGCAGGCUGGACGUGCUGAGGAUGACACGGCAAGCAGCCGUGGAAAAAGAAGAACCGGAUAGUGCUGGUGAGGCUUUUAGCGUCACGACUGCCUCGAUCCGGCGGCUAGGAAGUAUGGGCGCUAAGGGUCGACGCAGCAGCCAAAACGGGAUGUACGGAGAUUCCGGAGGAGCAGAGCUCAAUUACGCUACCGUCUGUGAUGUACAGCGAGUUCAUGCGCGCGAUAUUCGACGAAUGGAGAAUGCAUUUUCCGUGUCGAACGAGCCGUCGAUCAUUAUUCGAAAGCAAGCGAUUCUCAUCAGUGCUGACCCGUUGCGAGCGAUUGUGAUGCGAGAUGUAUGUCUUGUUUACGUGCCUGAUGGUGCAGAUAGCUUGCUAUCCAUUUUGAAGGAGAAAUUUGGUCAAGCUGCCCGAGAGAAUGCGGAGGAUCCGUACGAAUUCAGGGCACUGGAAGCGCUACUUGCAACACUUGCACGGUACUUUCAAGCAGACUACGAGAAGCUUUCUCCUGUUGUGGUCUCGGCACUGGACCGACUCGUGCAAGGAAAUCUCCAGUCACGCGAACUGGAGACGCUGCGCGAGUUCAAAAACACUAUGAACGAAUUUGAGUCACAAGUGGAUGGUGUGCGUCGCGUGCUCAUGGAGUUGCUCGACAACGAAGAGGACCUGCGCUUGUUGUACUUGACGAAGCUAUACGAGGACCCCUCUCUUCUCACGGACUUGUACAGUUUUGACUCGGAGGAAGCUGAAGUUUUGAUUGAAAAUUAUCUUCAGGACAUAUUUUCCACGCGCACACAGGCGGAUCUGAUGCAACACCGCAUCACGAACACCGAGAGUUUGGUGAUGCUGAAGCUCGACUCGAUGCGAAACUACUUGCUUCGAGCAGACCUUGUGUUUUCGCUUGUGACGAUCAGUCUCUCGGCGGGUACGCUGCUUGCAGGAGUCUUUGGCAUGAAUCUUUCAUCAGGGGUCGAGGAAGCUUGGGGAUGGUUUUGGGGAGUCGCUAUAUCUUGCGUAGUAGCUUUUGGGGUCAUCACUAUCACGGGCAUGUUAUACUUUAGGCAAAAAGGGGUACUGCAGCUUUGA